UCACCUCACCGCGACGCCCGAUGCCGAUUCCGCAUUAAACUACGCACUCAUCACCCAAAAGCUUGGCUGAUCGGGGCGGCCCCCCUUCGCAUAAACACCGUCGCUUCCCCUCCCUGACCGACCCUUCCCACUGCCCUCUGCUCGGCCGCUCCCCCUCCCCUCUCUUCCUCCUCCUCCUCCUCCUGCUGCCGCUGCUGCUGCAGCUAGGGGGCGGUACUAAUUGGGAGGUAGGUAGCUGGAGGCCGCGGCCGCCAGGGAUGGUGGCCGUCGGCGGCGGCGGGGCCCGGCGGAGGCGGGCGUGGCGGUGGGCCAUGCGGGCGGUGGCUAGCGCCGUCGUGUGGACGGCGGUCGUGCAGGUCGCCUCCAUCGCCGGGCUCUUCCGCCCGCGGGUAGUCGCCGACUGCGGCGGCGGUGGGGGCGGGAAAGGCGGCGGCGGCGCCGCCGCGGCCGGGCUCGCCGCGCUCGCCGGCGAGGACGGCGCCGCGGCGAGGCUAUCGCCGCCGGCGCUCGUGCCCAAGAGAAUUUACAAAAGCAAUGGCUACCUACUGGUGACAUGCAAUGGGGGCCUCAAUCAAAUGCGAGCCGGGAUAUGUGAUAUGGUGACUAUAGCUCGCCAUCUAAAUCUAACACUUGUGGUCCCUGAACUGGAUAAAAGGUCGUUUUGGGCUGACCCAAGUGAUUUUGGAGAUAUUUUUGACGUGGACCACUUUAUUAAUUCCUUGAGAGAUGAGCUGAUGAUAGUUAAAGAGCUGCCUUUGAAACUCCAGUUAAGAACUAAGAAGAAACUAUACUCAAUGCCUCCUGUCAGCUGGUCAAAUGAAACAUACUAUCUAAAGCGGAUAUUACCUCUUGCAAGGAAGCACAAAGUAAUCCAUUUUGAUAAAUCAGACGCUCGCCUUGCAAACAAUGGCCUUCCUAUUCAGCUCCAGAUGCUGCGUUGCCGUGUAAACUUUGAGGCUUUGAAAUUCACCCCACAGAUUGAGGCCCUUGGCAGAAAGCUUAUCUCCACUCUCCAGAGGAGUGGGCAAUUUGUUGUGCUUCACUUGCGCUAUGAAAUGGACAUGCUCUCCUUUUCAGGCUGCACACAUGGCUGCUCAACUAAAGAAACUGAGGAGCUCACUAAAAUGAGAUAUGCUUAUCCAUGGUGGAAAGAAAAAGAGAUCGAUUCUGAAGUGAAGAGGCUUCAGGGACUUUGCCCCCUCACACCAGAGGAAAUUACUCUAGUGCUUAAAGCCCUAGGGUUCACAAAGGAUACGCUGAUAUACAUUGCUUCUGGUGAAAUCUAUGGUGGUGAAAGGCGUUUGGCGGUGCUCAAGGAUGCUUACCCUAAACUAGUAAGGAAGGAGAAAAUUUUAUCUCCUGAUGAAUUGCGACCAUUCCAGAACCAUUCAACCCAGAUGGCAGCACUGGAUUACAUGGUUUCUCUAGCAAGUGAUAUUUUCAUUCCCAGCUAUGAUGGAAAUAUGGCAAGGGUUGUUGAAGGUCACCGCAGGUAUAUGGGUUUCCAUAAGACCAUUGGUUUGGACAGAAAGAAGCUUGUUGAGCUCUUGGACCUUUUCCAAGGAGGUGCUCUAUCUUGGGACGAAUUCUCAGACGCAGUGAAGGAGGCACACAAGAGCCGCAUGGGCCAACCUACAGAAAGAAAGGUCAUCCCUGGCCAGCCCAAGGAAGAGGACUAUUUCUAUGCUAAUCCUCAAGAAUGCCUUGGCUCCAACGGGGGACUAAGAGACAUUUCCUGACAACGCUUCCUAAUAAUGGCGCCUAAACCUUAUAGCACACUGUGUGUUCGUCAACACCAAUCACUUCUGUACAGCUGACCAAAGGCCCUCUCUGCUUAGUAAGCAUUUACCACAAGUACAUGCAGGUUCACAGAUCAAAUGCCUACAGCCAGAUUUCCUUACAGAAUAAAGCAGAAAAAGAAGCUGAAAACCUCUGGGUUCAGAAAGAAGAGAUGCCGCCCGUGCAUCCAGUCUGCUCCUUCUCUACCAUCUGUCAUAGUUGUUGUAACCAUUUUGUUUACCUGUCAGUUUUUUCAUUCCAUUGUUCCCCACUCGCCCUUUUACUGCUCCAGUUUUUAGUUCUUCCAGGGAGCAGUAGCUCUAUCUCUGUUCAUGUGCAAGUAGGAGUUCAUUUUUUUUUCCUUGAAGUUUCUUGUACUAGUAAGUUAUCAUUCAAGAUUCACAAUUAUAAUUUCUGACAAAACAUUAUCCUUGAGGGAUCAAAUGAUGGCUAUCGAGCAACUGUUUUGGUUCC